AUGACAGGUUAUUUUCAUGCAGAAUUUGCCGAUGGUACAUCGGCCAACGCUAGAUUUGGAAAAUGGUAUGCAAAUGUAACAUUUUCAACUGGUGAGAACGGUACAUUGACAAUGACAGCACCUCUACAACAAAUUGGCGAUACCUAUGUCUUCCAUGAAUGUGUACAGAUUUAUGAUAGUGAACCUGCAUUACGUUGUUCACUUUUAGUCCGUAAUGGUACUGGUUAUACAGAAUACAUCCAUAAAGAUCCAGAACUGAUUCCAAUUUGUCCUGAAUCGAUUUCGUCACCUGAUCUUGAAAUGGAAAUCGUUACUCGACUUGAUUAG